AUGGUGCUCGAGAGCAGCGUGGACUACGAGUCGUACCGGACAGCCUAUGGCAAGCAGCUCCUACAACAGCAGCCCGAGUUUGAAUGCGUAGAGGACGCCGAAGAAGAGCUGCGAACCAGAAUUUCCUGCGCCUCUGCUGCAUGUUCUUUGCCUCGCCGCUAUAUCGAGAACAACGCCCGGCUGGUGCAAAGACACCUGGUCAAGCGCACAUACGCCGAGCUCAGCGUCGAGGCCACUGAUUAUGAGCCCACCCUAUGGCUACUGCUAGCAUUCCUGCAUCUCAUAACCGAGUUCCAGACAGACACAUACGGGUUGUGCAGGGAUACAGGAACUAAGCUGUUGCUGGCGCUGAACGAGCAGUUUUUGAAGCAUGAUGGGUACCAGUCGAUUCCGCAAUCCCCACUGGUAUUCAACAAUGCAGGCAAAGCGCAACGCGGCCUCUCCGGCGCUCGCCCUGAUAGUCUUAUUUCAACAUACUCGCUGCCACCGCCCGAGUCAUCGCCCGCCGCUCGAUGGACCUGCGUGCACAGCUCGAGGACUGAAGACGGCUCGCUGAUCCGCUCUGCGUCCGAGACACGGGACCAGACCGUGCAGCGGAUAGGGUCGCGCACAGCUCGCACAAGCAUAGCCAGUUCCACGACGCUGUGCAGGCGCUCGUCUUCUGGCCACUCGACACCGGUGGUAGAGCUGCUGGCGCAGCGUAUCGAUUGCUGCAAGACGUUCACAGAAAACCUCGUUUUCUUACUGAACCGCGAGACGGAGCCGUCCACGCAGGUGCUGAUUCUGCACAUGCUGUACUGCAUUCUAACUGAUCCCAGCACGUCGUGCAUCUUGUAUACAAACGACAUGUUUGUGCUGAUUGACAUUGUAAUCCGCGACCUGGCCAAUCUUUCCGACGGGCUGCCCAAGCAGCGCCAGGCAUACUUGCUGGUAACCAGCGCGAUUCUGCGAAAUUCGGUGUAUCUAACUACACGGCAUAGGCUCUCGGACAUUGAGCUGUGCUUGGUCAACCUACUGCGCCACUCGCUGGUGUCAUCACAUGCUUCGGCUUCGGAGAAGCACGAAAGUCAUGCUGAACCACCACUGCCACCUCCAUCCAUGAGGCAUUUCAGCACCCCGCGCUUGUCAACUGCGUCGGACUUGUCGAUUAGCGUUCCUGAGCCAUUCAGGGACCUGGCCAAAGGUAUCGCGCAGAGCCCCACCACCGCCACCACCGCCAUUAGCCACGGCGGCACAUCACCGCCGACCUCACACGCCUUCUCAACCGUCACGCUCACCGGUCCCACCAACACCACCGGCCAGGCGGCGUCCUCCACCUCCGCCUCCACCACCUCCCUCAUCCGAACACCGGCCAAAUCCGAGACUAAUGGCGGCCAUCGUCAGCAUCGUCGUCGGGCUCCGCCACCUCCGCCACCAACGCCUAUGUCAGCAAUGCAUACUCCCUUGAGUGCCUCGAAAUCGUCCAGCUGCGCGAUGCCGUCGCUGGUACCACCGCCACAACCGCCGAUGCAGAGAUCAACCCAUAGACGCGCUGGAUCGCGGGCGGCACCACCGCCACUACCAGUACGUGCUGUAGACAAACCCUCUGAUGCAUCGAGUGGCAAGCAGACACCGCCACCACCGCUGCCACGCCGUGCCAGAGCGAUGUCUACAGGCAUUCGUCGCCAGCUGUCCGUCAAGAACAGCGUUUCAAAGUACAAGCGCAGCCACCGCGCGCAGCCGCCGCCUGUGCCUACCUCAACACCUGCCGGAGCACCCGCCCGGAUGGGACCAAGACGAGAUUCCUAAGCUGGUCAUGCCGAUAUCACCGGUCAUCGAGUCCUUCUCAGAAACUGCACCGACAAUUGUGCAUCGCCCAUCGAUGGACUUGGAGAGCGACGAUGCGUCGGAGACUGAGGACCCAAGGAGCGUUGUGCCAGGAUACCACAGAGGAGAGGCGCGCAACGAGAAAGCUGGUGGAGAGCGCGCUGAGAUGCUGCCAUGAGGCAAGGGUUGUUGCGGCGACAAAGUCGUUGAGCCAGCAGAGCAUCUAGAUAAUAUCUGCAACAUACACAGUGCCGUCUUCUUGUGAAAUACUAUUCUCAGCACAUGUCCUGAGCCCCUAUAUGUAGAUGCACUGCGUCGCCAGCUAAUUCGGCCCUGCCUGGCUGGUGUGGCAUGCGGAGCACUUGCGCUCUGGCACAUUGGCAGCUAGACUCAUGGCGGGACGACUCGGCUCGCUGCAUAGCUGAGCUGAUGGGCUCGAAUCUUCAGGCUUUCCAGACGAUCUCAUCGAAUUU